CUAUAAUAAUAUACUAAAUAAAUAAAUAAAUCUCCAAGCCUUUCUCCUAAUCACUCACACUCAUUGCUUGCCUGUAGCUUUUCCUUAAUCCACUUGUCAAACCCUUGUAAGCUGCAAACCACUCCCUGCCUUUUUCUUCUCCUUCUCUACUCUCCUCUACUCUAGUCUUUUGUUUGGGAAUUGGGAUGGCAGGAGAGGAGAGGAGAGGAGCCUCCUCCACUAACCAACCCUUAAUCAAAGUCGUUAACCCUGAUUAGUUGGCUGGCUCCCUCCUAAUCCCCCCACGCCCUUUCCGGUAGUCCCUCCCUCUUGCCCUCUGCUAGGUGCUACCGGCUCUUCUCGGGGGCCAAGGCAAGGCCAAGGAGCGAGCCCGAGCCGGGGACGGCAUGUCAAACGCCGGCGGCGAGGGCAGCAGAGGCGUGGGGACGGGCCGGGGGUCGCGGCUGCCGCGGUGGACGCGGCAGGAGAUACUGGUGCUCAUCGAGGGCAAGCGGGUGGUGGAGAGGAGCGGGCGCGGCCGGGGCCGGGGCCGUGUACGCGGAGGGGGAGGAGGCGACGGCGGCGCGGAGCCGACCAAGUGGGCGGCGGUGGCGGAGUACUGCCGGCGCCACGGCGUGGACCGGGGCCCCGUGCAGUGCCGCAAGCGCUGGAGCAACCUCGCCGGCGACUACAAGAAGAUCAGGGAGUGGGAGCGCGGGUACGCCGCCAGGAAGGAGGCCUCGUUCUGGGCCAUGCGCAACGACGCGCGCCGGGAGAGGCGGCUCCCGGGCUUCUUCGACCGCGAGGUCUACGACAUCCUCGAGGGCCGUGGCGCCGCCGCCGGGAAUGCGGUUGCGGCGGCGCUGGAGGACGCGGAGGAGGGCAAGGAGGAGGAGGAGGAGGAGGAGGAGGUGGAGGCCAAGGCGGUGCUUCGCACUGCGGGCCGCCGCGGGGUCCAAGGGAGCGGACUCUUCUCCUCGUCUGAGGACGAGGACGACCAAGACGACGACGCGGCCACGCCAAGUCCCACACCAACACCGACGCCGACGCCGGCGCCGGCCGCUGCGGUCGCCGUGCCGAUCCCCGGUGAGCAAGCUGUUCCGUUCUUCCUUGAUGAAAUGGCGCGUGCCUCCUCUAUUUCAGUGCACGUUACAGAGAAGACGACUGAUGUGCCCAGGCAAGCGAGCUCCGAGCAAGCAGGCACAUCAAAAGAAAAGCAGCCGGAGCAAAUCACCGAGGACUCACCAGCGCAGUGCGGGCAGAAGAGGCAGCGCAGCGACGACAAUGCCUCCGGAAGAGCCACGACCAACCUGCAGGGGCAGCUGGUUGAGAUCCUAGACCGGAGCAGUCAGAUGGUGGCGGCGCAGCUAGAGGCGCAGAACAUCAACAGCCGACUGGACAGGGAGCAGAGGAAGGACCAAGUGAGCAGCCUGCUUGGUGUGCUUGGCAAGGUGGCUGAUGCCCUCUACAGAAUUGCUGAUAAGCUGUAGCCGCCGCUGUGUGUCUUGAGCACAGUAAAUAAUCGCUGCAAGAAUGUACAGAUUGAUACAGGUUCUUGGCGUCCUGUUGUUACUGCGGAUUGGUUCUGAAAUUUGGUCAGAAACCUGAAAUGGGAUGCCCUAUUUUUUAACCCAUGGGAUAUUAUUGUAUUUGUAUACCCAUAUAGCCCCCAAAACUGUGUAUUCUGCUGACUCUCGUUUCUGUAUGGAAGUGCAUAUCUGAUGAUA